AAGCUGCAACAAUGGCGGAGGUUCUCAGCCCAUUUGUGUACUGGGGACAGGGAAAUGAUUUUGUUUCCCUCAAGAUCGAUCUAAGAGACAUUGAGGAUGAAGUAGUGGACCUGAGAGAAGACUCUCUGACAUUUUAUGCUCAAGGGAAUGGCUUGAAAGGAAACAACCAAUAUGGCUUCGACAUUGAUUUUUAUCUUCCAGUUGAUUCUGAGGAGAGCAAGUACAGGGUCACAGAGACCAGUGUGGAGUUUCAUAUCAAGAAGGUUGGGGAAGGGGAGGUGUGGCCCCGUCUCACUCACAAGCAGAUGAAGCUGCCCUGGCUCAAGAUUGACUUUGAUAAGUUCAUGGAUGAGUCAGAUAAAGAACAGGAAGAACAAGAGCUGUAUGGUGAGAAAGAGUUCCUUGAUAGAAUCGAAAAAGAGAUUGGAACUGGUGAUGCAACAGCAAAAACACCCAACUUCAAGUUGUCUUACAUCUUCAUGUACAACCUGUUCCAGUUUAUAGGAUUCUUAUACGUGACAGUCAUUUUGCUGUACAAGUUCUUCAGAUAUGGAGAGGAAAUCAAACACACUGCAUUUGAGGCUGUUGGGGUCCAGCUGAUGGUAUGUCAAGCAGUAGCAUGUCUGGAGGUCAUACACCCAAUGCUUGGUCUCGUCAAGUCGGGCGUCUUUGCUCCCCUAGCACAGGUCUUUGGCAGAAACUUCAUCUUAUUUGGACUACUUCUCCAAGAGCCACGGCUACACAGUGCCCCAGCGGUGUGGUACCUGUUUGUGGUGUGGAGCGCAGUAGAGCUCAUUAGGUACCCCUUCUACAUGCUGAGCAGUAUAAAUAUGGAAGUGAAAUUCAUCAAUUGGAUGCGCUACACUGUGUGGAUCCCUCUCUAUCCUCUUGGAAUUCUCUUUGAAGGGACAAUAGUGAUAAUGUCCAUCCCCCUGUUUGAGCAGACAGGAAGGUUCAGUGUAACAUUACCCAACUCGGCCAACUUCGCCUUCUUUUUCCCCUGGUUCCUACAUACAUAUCUGUUUCUCCUGGCACUAGCUGGGUACAAGAUGAUGAACUACAUGUAUUACCAGAGGAAGAAGAAGCUGGGAGAUCAGAAACUGAAAACAACUUGAAUGACAGCUGUCAAUCAUCUGUCAGAUGUCAAGAGUGAACAGAACGCCAAAUCCAACAGUGUUCAAUAAUCUGUAUGCUAGAUGUCAAGAGUUCAUUGUUUGACCAAUCAUGUUGUUUAUCACACACUGUCUCCACUUUAUGAAUGUGACCUUAUGAAUGACAGGAAUAAUGGGAAUUACUUUACUUUACAAAUCAUUUUAUGAUGUUUAUUCACAAAUUACAUCUACAUUAUAUAUCUAGUUUAAUACAGUGUACAGCAAUUGACACAUAAUUUGUCAAGUCAAUUUUAUGGCUUUUUUGGUGAGCAGCUUUUUGCCUUUGUAAGCCUGGACAAACAUCUAUCCUUACAAACAAAGUCAGUUUUAAUUGCUAUCCUCAAUUGUGUUCAAUGACAUAUAAUUUUUUAAUUUGAAGUUUACACGAUAUACGGCUUUUCCAUUGGACGAGAGGCCGGUCAUAUGAACGCGAAAUUGACGUUCAUAAGUGUAUGAACGACACAAUUUGACGUUCAUACGUU